UGUCAAGUAUUCAAAUGUGAUUUUCGAGAGCGGGAAGAAUUAUGGGAAGCGUAGAGUGAAUGGAAACAGCUUGUGUUCGGAAAAGUCGUUUUUGAUAUUGUGAGAACAUGUUCCUGUUUCCAGUAUUACCAGUCCAACCAUGGACUAUGGAUACCAGCAAUGAAUCCAAGUAACGUUAGAAAACUUAGCAUUGGCAUUAGCUCUUGCUAGGUAGUCAGCAAUUACUAAACUAGCUAACUCUCUCAAGUCGCAGAAAUAUUUCUGUGAAGCAGCAACAGGAACAUGGCCACAUCCCCAGUGGAAUACACCAUUGGAGGGGUUAAGAUCCACUUCCCCUGCAAGGCUUACCCAUCCCAGCUGGCCAUGAUGAAUUCAAUCAUACGAGGGCUGAACUAUGGGCAGAACUGUUUGCUGGAGAGUCCCACAGGAAGUGGAAAGAGCUUGGCGUUGCUCUGCUCUGCUCUGGCCUGGCAGCAGGCUAAGUUUGUUAAACUUCAAGGAGGAGGAAGCCAAAUGGAGAACAAGAGCCAGUCAGAUAAAAACUCUGAAGACUGUAAGAAGUCAGAUGUCAUCACUCUCUGUCAGUGUGUGUGCCACAGCAAAAGCAGUAGGGCCUCAGCUACAACAGCAGUCAAAUCUGCUGUCGUGGACCUCACUGUAUCACCGUGUAAAGAGGUGGCACAACAAAUGCCUCCAGCACCUGAACAUAUUUUUUUUUGUAUUGCUUUAGUGCUGUUACAAGAGGAGUUGCAGCCCAAGAAACAGUCUAUAGCCUCUCGUCUGUCUGAGAAAUUCCAGUCUUCCCUCAGCUCUGACUGCAAGAAAGACGACGACUUCCAGCCAGACAGGAAACGCGUUCGCACUGCUCAGCACAAGAGACAGAAAAAGCAGCGUCUGGAGCAGGGAGUGAUAUUCAUAGAUGAUGAGCAAGAGCUGGACAAUGAGCCUUCAGAUCAGAGUUUGACCACAGAACCAAACAACCCCGCAGUUGGUUUGUCCUCAUUAUGCAGUGCCCCAGAACCCUGCUCCCAGUGCCCAUGUAAUUCAACCAAAGAGAGCGUGAAGGAAAAAGACAAAGAUGGCAAAAAGAAGAUUCCUAAGAUCUUCUUUGGCACUCGCACACAUAAACAGAUAGCUCAGAUUGCACAUGAGCUAAAACGCACUGUUUACUCCAAUGUGCCAAUGACCAUUUUAUCCAGCAGAGAUCACACCUGUGUCAACCCAGACGUGGCGCCUCACUCCAACCGCAAUGAACGCUGUAAGGACCUGCUGGAGGCCAAGGAUGGCAGGUCAUGCCGCUACUACCAUGGGGUCCAGAGGAUGCGGGACCAAUGCACACUACAACGGGUCCAUGGACUACAUGAAGCCUGGGACAUUGAGGACCUGGUUGCACUGGGAAAAAGGCUCCGCUCAUGCUCUUACUACGCUGCCCGCGAACUUAUGCAGCAGGCCUCCAUCAUCUUCUGCCCAUAUAACUACCUGCUGGACCCAAUGAUCAGAGAGAGUAUGGAGAUCGACCUGGCGGGCCAGAUCUUGGUGCUGGAUGAAGCCCACAACAUUGAGGACUGUGCAAGGGAAAGUGCCAGCCUCACGUUAGACCGAAACAGUCUGUUGAUGUCAAGAGAUGAGUUGGAUGGCAUGGUCAAAAACAACAUCAGAUGCUCAGGACAUGAAUCACUCAGAGACUUCUGCUGCAGCCUGAUCAACUGGAUCCAGGACAGCCAAAGCCUGAUGUGUGAAAGAGGAUAUGAGACUUCAAAUAAAGUCUGGAAUGGGAAGGAUAUACUAGGCAUCUUUCACAGCCUGGGCAUCACUGUGGAUACUUUUAGCAUUCUGAAGCAAAACUUGGCAGCAGUGCUGGAGAAGGAGGAGUGUGUUGGCUUGGCUAAUGGUAAAGAGGAUCUGGUGCAGAUCCCGACCAUCAGCUCAGCUACCUCCACUGUUCUCAAAAACCUCUUCAUGGUUAUGGAUUUCCUCUACAGGGACAACUGCAGGUUUGCUGAAGACUACCGGAUAGCCCUGCAGAAGAGCUACGCUUGGAUGAACCAGGUCCCACCUGAUGUCACUGAUGCCCAGGGCUUUUUUGUCCGGCCACGCCGCAGACAACGCCAGAGCAUCCGAGUCAAGACAGAAGUCUUAACACUCAGCUUCUGGUCCCUCAACCCCGCUGUGGCAUUCUCUGACUUGAGUGGGUCGGUGCACAGCAUUGUGCUGACAUCAGGAACCCUAUCACCCAUGGGCUCCUUCUCUUCUGAACUUGGGGUGAAGUUCUCCAUCCAGCUAGAGGCAAAUCAUGUUAUUAACAAGUCCCAGGUUUGGGUGGGCACUGUUGGUGCAGGACCCCAAGGCAGAAAACUCUGUGCUACCUUUCAACAUGCUGAAACAUAUGCCUUCCAGGAUGAGGUGGGUGCCCUGCUGCUCCAUGUAUGCCAGGUUGUGGCCAAGGGUGUGCUCUGCUUUUUGCCUUCUUACAAGAUGCUGGACAAGCUGCGGGAUCGAUGGUCCAACACUGGUCUCUGGGAGAAGCUAGAACAAAAGAAAACUGUGAUCACAGAGCCCCGCGGUGGUGGCAAGGGGGAGUUUGACGAACUGCUUCAGACUUACUACGGUGCCAUCAAAUACUGUGAGGAAAAAGGUCAGACUGAUGGUGCAUUGCUGAUUGCUGUAUGUAGGGGUAAAGUGAGUGAAGGACUAGACUUCACAGAUGACAAUGCCAGGGCAGUGGUCACCAUUGGAAUUCCCUUCCCAAACAUCAAAGACCUCCAGGUUGAACUGAAGAUGAAGUACAAUGACCAGCACUGCAAGUCCAGAGGUCUUCUCCCAGGCCAUCGAUGGUACGAGAUUCAGGCCUACAGAGCUCUAAACCAGGCCCUGGGGAGGUGUAUCCGCCACAGGAAUGACUGGGGUGCUCUAAUACUUGUGGAUGACCGUUACAGUAAUAAUCCUAAUAAGUACAUCACAGGUCUGUCAAAAUGGGUUCGCCAGCUUGUCCAGCAUCAUGACACUUUCAGCAAUGCAAUGCGGUCUCUGGUAGCAUUCUCUCAAGUGCAGCAGAAAGUGGAGGUGGCCCCUGCAGACAGCCAGACACCCUGCUCUACGUCCUUAUCUCCAGACAGUCACUUGCCAGUAACUGUAGAGGGACAGGGUCUGCCCAAGGCCUCGCAACCUCAGACACGUUGCUCAUGUGUCAAACUGCCUGAACCCCAGCAGGACACAAGCCUCUCGACCUUCCAUUUUUUUUCUAGUACACAGUUGAAAACUGGACAAAAUGAAAAAGCAGAAUGGUUGAAGAUGAUGCACGGUUUCCCAGCAGAACCACUCUCUCAUAAAACAAAAACAGCUCAGCCUCUGUACCACGGUUCCACCUCCAGCCCCAUCAGCAACUGCUUCAAGAAGGCAGUCUUUAAAGAACAAGCACCCAGCCAGUACUUGGAAGCACGUAAUAAUUUUGAGCACAAGGAGAACCACCAGAUUUCCUCUCCACAGAAGAAGACUGAGGUUUCUUCUCUUAAACAAGGGGCUACAGACAUGUCCAGUGAAAUCAUAGUUGAACCAUACGAUCUUGCUCUGGUGCCAUCUACAGUAACGAUCUCUGCCAGCUGUGAAAGUGAAGCACCCUCAGCCUACAAUCCCGAAGAAGAUGAAAUGGACGAGGACCAGACCGUCUUCUUUACUCCAGAACUUUUCGAGGACGAAGGAAACGAAGGCAGCCCACAGAAGGAGACAAAGAUAGAGUCGCCUCCAAGGAUGGUUUUAGGAGCAGAGAUCUCUGCUCUGCCGUCAGAAGAACUUUUUAGCUCAGAGCAGGCCCAAAGGCAGGGGCAAGCCUCUGCUUUUGAUGGAAAGUGUGCUAUUUCAAUCAAUAAGGAGAGCACAGAGCUGUCACUGGGAUGCAAAGAAAAAAUUAGAAGACAGAAGCAAAGUGAUGAGGAGGAGCAGGUGGAUAACCAGAGCAGGAAGACAGGCAGUAGGCUCCGAAGGCUGUCCAGGUCUAGGCAGAGACGUCCUUCCACUCCAACAGUUCGUCUUAUACAAGUGACCAAGAAUGUUAUACCUGCCUCAGGUAACUAGUCCUCACACUAUUACCGUGUGUACAGAAAAUGAUGAGGCUUCAGCCAAGCCAGCUCCCAUCUGAAAUCAGCUUCUUAUUUAGUGUGACAGAACAUUAUAUUAAGGCCAUUAAGGCCUGUUCUCAGUUAACACAUAACUAACGAACAUUUUUGAAGAUGCAGUGGUGAUUGAAUGUGAAUUUUAAUAAAUCAUUAAAAUACAAAACCAAGUACAUCUUCAUUUG